CUACACCAUACCAAUACCAUAUUCUCUCUCUCUCUCUCUCCGUUUCUCUGUCUACACUGACUUCCUCGCUCUCUCUCUCUCUCUCUUGCUGUGCAGCUAGCUAUACAUUCUAACCCCCAAACCCCAGCUGAAUUUCACCGCAAUCGCUCCUCGACCCUUUCCAAGCAACCCCGCGCGCCACUCACCGGGGGGGCAGCCGUCGCAAGGUUCACCGCCGGAGUCCAUUAUGUACGCCUGUCUCCCUCCGUCGGCACCCGCCUAAAAUGCAUACAGAACCCAUGUCGUACCUCUCCCACCUACACCUCAGGAACCACGGAUUCUCUUGACACUCUCUCACAUAAAAUUAUAACCUUAACCAAGAAACCAACGGUGCUACAUUGAUUAAUUGCACAGUGGUUCAACGUACGAUUUUUGGCCACAAUGGCGGCAACGAACGCCACCACUGCAGCUGCGGUGGAGACCUCCGCCGUGUCCUCCGAUGAGCUUGCUGCGAAGGCGGCGCAUAAGAGGUUCGAAGGCUUGGUCAUGGUACGGACGAAGGCAAUUAAGGGCAAAGGCGCGUGGUACUGGGCGCACCUUGAGCCGAUUCUCGUGCAUAAUUCUGAUACCGGCUUGCCCAAGGCGGUGAAGCUCAGGUGCUCCUUGUGCGACGCCGUUUUCUCCGCCUCUAAUCCGUCGAGGACCGCCUCCGAGCAUCUCAAGAGGGGCACCUGCCCGAAUUUCGCUUCCGUGCCCAAGCCCAUUUCAUCGGUGCCUUCGUCUUGUUCUGUUUCUAUUGCAAGCGUGCCGCACACUGCUAGUAUUUCUCCUUCUUCUCCGCAGCCGCCCCAUAACCACCGGAAGCGCAGUUCGGGAAGUCGAGGCGGCGGCGGCGGCGGCGGCGGAGGGAAUGCGAAUUCCGGUGGCAAUGUUACGUCAUUACCAGCUCAUCAUGUUGUUACGCCUUUGGCUAUUGUUGACCCUUCUAGAUUCACAGUGGAUUUAGCGUAUCCACCAGUGGUUUCAUUCGCUAGUAGUAGUGUUAUUAUUGCAUCUGCUAGUGCGAGUCCCGGCGGCGGCGGUGGUUGCGGUUUGUAUGGGCAUCAACAGCAGCAGCAGUUGGUUUUGUCAGGCGGAAAAGAAGAUUUGGGAGCUUUAGCAAUGUUAGAAGAUAGUGUAAAGAGGCUGAAGAGUCCCAAAGCAUCUGCUGGACCGACAUUGAACAAAGCACAGAUUGAUUCUGCACUUGAUUUUCUUGCUGAUUGGGUCUACGAGUGUUGUGGGUCGGUGUCAUUUUCAAGCCUUGAACAUCCCAAAUUCAAGGCAUUUCUCACCCAGGUCGGACUACCAGCGAUUUCAAGAAGAGAGCUUGUCUGGUCAAGAUUAGAUGGUAAGUACGAGGAGGCCAGAGCUGAAUCCGAGGCCAAAAUUCGCGACGCUAUGUUCUUUCAGAUUGCUGCUGAUGGUUGGAAGUCAAAGGAUCAUGAUCAUGUGGGGGAGGAGAACUGUGUGCAGUUGGCAGUGAAUCUUCCGAAUGGAACUAGUGUGUUCAGGAGGGCUGUUUUUACUACUGGUUAUGUCCCGUCAAAAUAUGCAGAGGAGAUCAUGUGGGAGACCAUCACUGAAAUUUGUGGGAACGCAGUCCAGCAAUGUGUGGGGAUAGUUUCAGACAAGUUUAAGGCCAAGGCAUUGAGAAAUUUAGAGAAUCAACAUCAUUGGAUGGUUAACAUUUGCUGUCAGUAUCAAGGAUUCAACAGUCUGAUUAAGGACUUCGGUAAGGAGCUUCCCUUGUUCAAGAACGUGACUGACAAUUGCUUAAAAUUGACAAAUUUCAUCAACAAUAAGUCUCAAAUUCGGCAUAGUUUUCACAAGUAUCAACUUCAGGAAUACGGGCAUGCUGGCUUAUUGAAAGUACCGUUGCGAGGCUGUGAAAGAUCAGAUUUUGGGCCUGUUUACGCAAUGGUAGAGGAUAUAUUGAGCUCAGCCCGGGCUCUUCAGUUAGUACUGUUAGAUGAAUCAUACAAGAUAGUGUUGUUGGAGGAGCCGGUUGCCAGAGAAAUCGAAGAAAUGAUGAGGAAUCCGCAUUUUUGGAACGAACUAGAAGCAGUGAAUUGUCUAGUUAAGUUAAUCAAAGCAAUGGCUCAAGAAAUCGAGAUGGAGAAGCCACGAGUUGGUCAGUGCCUGCCGCUCUGGGAAGAGCUUCGCGUGAAAGUGAAGGACUGGUGCUCUAAGUUUCACAUCGUUGAAGGACCUGUGGAAAAGAUAAUCAACAGAAGAUUCAAGAAGAACUAUCAUCCAUCUUGGGCUGCUGCAUUUGUACUCGAUCCACUUUAUCUGAUCAGGGACACCAGUGGGAAGUACUUACCACCAUUUAAAUGCUUGACCCCUGAUCAAGAGAAGGAUGUCGACAAACUUAUAACUCGACUCGUGUCGAGGGAAGAGGCUCACAUUGCACUCAUGGAGCUCAUGAAGUGGAGAACAGAAGGGCUUGAUCCAGUUUAUGCUCAAGCUGUGCAACUAAAGCAGAGGGAUCCUAAUACAGGCAAAAUGAAGAUUGCCAAUCCCCAAAGCAGCAGGCUUGUGUGGGAAACUCACCUAACUGAGUUUAAGGCGUUAGGGAAGGUAGCAGUUAGGCUGAUUUUCCUUCAUGCAACUUCAUGCGUUUUCAGAUGCAGCUGGUCUUUGCUGAAAUGGGCUAGUAUUCAUUCUCAUUCGAGGGUGGGAAGGGAUCGGGCCCAAAAGUUAGUAUUCAUUUCUGCACAUUCGAAGAUGGAAAAGCGGGAAUUCCCCAAUGAUGAAGACAAGGAUGCAGAGCUUUUUGCCAUGGAAAAUGGUGAGGACGAUGUGCUCAAUGAGGUUUUUGUUGAUACAUCCUCUGUGUAAGAUUUCCUUUUUUCCCCCUACUUUGGUUGCUUCAUCUUAGGUUGUUUUCCAUUUUGCCAAUUCUUGUCCUUUUAACUCUUUCAAGAACCUGGUUUUGGUUGCCUGGAACAGUCAGUUGAUAAAGGCGGUUAUUACAUUGUGCUUAGAGAAUAGCUGGUUGUUUGUAGCAUAAUGGGGAAGAGGCAGGAACACCAUUAUUCUUCCUUAGGAAAUUUGAAUUAAAUUUACCAUGGAGAACCCUUUUGUUUUCUCCGUUUAUUCUACAUCAAUUUAGACUCCCAAAUUGUUUGAGUUAUUGUUAAUACAAUCCCAACAACAGUUUGGAAUUUGAUGAAUAUGUUGCUUUUAAUCAUUAAUGAGUAAUGAGUUCUUGCCUUUAGUUGCAUACGGCUGUUAAGCGUAAUAUUCGUGUCAUUUUAUGCUUUUUCUCUCAUUUUACUAAUUUCAUCUGCAUUUCAGUGGUUCGACUUACUAUCUUAAACUUAGACCUGCAAUCUACCGAACAGAAAUAAGUUCAGAGGUCAACGGUGCACCUUCUUUUGAGCAAAGCUUUAUCUGCAGGCUAAAAUUUCAAUACCAUUUGCCUCAGUGAUGCUUUAGAAAACUUUUGUAGCCUGGAAACUACGGACCCUUCUUGAGAAAUUUAUCUGGUGACCAUUGAACUGUCCAUACAGCAAUGUCCUGAGCUGCGGAUGAAAUAGCUCUGUGAAGCCGCUCUCUCCUAUUUUCUGGAGUUAAAUAUAACAAGGAAUUGUUUAAUAAUACAAGUUGAUUUUUAUUCUACCAUCCGUGUCGUAAUGGUUAAUUUUGCACAUAGCUACCCUGGAGAUUGAGUACGAGUGAGAUAAGAUUUCCGUUUUGUGGAAAAACGAAAGUUACAAUGGGUUCCUCUAUGAGCUCGUGGCAUAACAAAAUCGGUCCUGUUCUGCUUAAUUUGUGCAAGCUCGUAGUAAUUAUAUGAAAUACUGGUUUCGUAUUCUUCUGUAAGGAUUUGGAAUGUAUCUUCUUUGCCUUAAAAGGUCGUUCGUACAACAACUGUGAUUACGUAUCCACAAAGAUGUUUGUUAUUACUUCCUCUGAUGCUUUCUUAUAUUACGAAACUG